AUGGCAACUUCUCACAACUCACUCCGGGAUCGUCAGAUCAGAUCAAUCGAACGCAUGCUAAACUUGAAUCAUGACUCUCCCGAAUCUGCGAAUGCCCACGAUCAACAUUCACACACUGGAAUUGCAGUUCCAUCCGUGCCGAUUCUGAAUGAAGAUGGAGAACCAAUAUGGAAGGUCUUGGUUUUCGAUGACUUAGGGCGAGAUGUUAUAAGUAGUGUACUACGAGUUAGUGACUUAAGGGCAUGGGGAGUUACAAUGCAUAUGCAUAUAUCAGCAAAUCGUCACCCUAUUCCAGAUGUACCUGUACUAUACUUGGUUGAACCUACCGAAGCCAAUCUAAAGGGCAUCACAAGUGAUCUCUCGAGAGGUCUCUAUUCCCCGGCCUACAUUAAUUUUCUAUCCUCAAUACCCCGCGCAUUACUGGAAGCUUUCGCAAAACAAACUGCGGAAGCUGGAACAUCAGAGAACAUUGCUCAAUUCUUCGAUCAAUAUCUGAAUUUCAUUGUGGGAGAACCGGAUCUGUUUAGUCUUGGGAUGAGAAAAGAGAAUACAUACUGGGCAUUAAACAGCGCAAAGACAAAGGAUGAGGAGUUAGACAAUGUGGUUGAUAGGAUCGUGAGCGGACUAUUCAGUGUUAUGGUUACAAUGGGGGUCAUGCCAAUAAUUCGAUGUCCUCCUGGUGCAGCCGCAGAAAUGAUUUCUGCUAAACUCGAUCGAAAGUUACGAGACCACAUCCUAAAUUCAAAAGACAAUCUUUUCUCCGCACCAAGCAAUCGACAAUCAACUACUGCGCCUUCUUCUCGACCUGUUCUUAUUAUCCUUGAUCGAAAUGUUGAUUUAAUACCUAUGCUGUCGCAUUCUUGGACAUAUCAGUCACUCGUACACGAUGUUCUCAAGAUGAAGUUAAAUCGAAUUACCGUCGAGACACCAAUAGAUGAGGAGAAUCCAGCAAAGGGUACAACUAAAAAGGCUUACGAUUUGACUGCAAAUGACUUCUUUUGGGCGAAAAAUUCUGCUGUACCAUUUCCACAGGUAGCUGAAGAUAUUGAUGCAGAAUUGAUGCGAUAUAAGGCCGAUGCAAACGAUAUAACGAAGAAGACUGGAGCUUCUUCCAUAGAAGACCUUCAAAACGAUACGAGUGCUUCAGCACAACAUCUGAAAGCCGCCAUUACCUUACUUCCCGAAUUGAGAGAGCGAAAAGCUGUGCUCGAUAUGCACAUGAAUAUAUUAGCUGGACUUUUGAACGGCAUAAAGGACCGACAGUUGGACAACUAUUACCAAAUGGAGGAAACUAUCAUGAAGCAGACGAAAGCACAAAUGCUUGAGGUCAUAAACGAUCCAGAUAAAGGCAAAGAGCCAACUGACAAAUUGAGGUUAUUCAUCAUAUGGUACUUGAGUACCGAGCAAGAAAUUACAAGAGCAGAGAUGGAUAAUUUUGAAGAGUCAUUGAAAACCGCAGGUGCUGAUACUACAUCUCUAGCAUACGUUAAACAAGUUCGCACCACAACCCGCAUGACUAUGCUCACUACAGCCCCUACACCCGCUUCUCAACCAUCAAGCACAUCCGGCGACCUUUUCCGGGGUUUCUCUUCCAUUUCUUCCCGCCUUACCACAUCCCUCAAGGAAACCGGCAUCACCACCAAUUUUGAUAAUAUCAUUUCCGGGGUGAAGAACUUCCUGCCCGCAAACCGUGAUCUUACCGUUACGAAAAUUACAGAAUCGAUCAUGGAUCCCUCAUCAGCUUCUAGCUCCGCCAUCGCAAAGACGGAAGAUUACCUCUACUUUGACCCUAGAUCCGCAAAUACAAGAGGUACCGUACCUCCGGCAAGUGUCAGCAGAAGAAAUGAAAUGCCAGGGGGUCUGCAAGGACCGGGUAUCACACCUAGUUUUGGGAUGCGCAGACAAGGAUUUAGUGAGGCGAUUGUCUUUACGGUUGGUGGGGGGAGUAUGGAUGAAUAUGGUAAUUUGCAAGAGUGGACGAGGAGGAUUAAUAAGGAGGGCGGGGGUGGAGGAAGCGGGAUGGGGAAAAGGAGGGUGGUUUAUGGAAGUACGGAGUUGGUUAAUGCAGAGGAGUUUCUGAGUGGGGAGUUGGGAAUGCUAGGUGGUGAAUGUUCGUAG